GGCCGCGCCGCCUCCCCCUCACGGCUGCCUCCGCCGCCGCCCGCCGCCCCUCUGCGGGGCCCAAACCCAACGGCCCAACGCGCCCAGCGGCGCGGCCGGCCCAAGCCGCGGGACGAGGCGCCGAGAUGCCCGCAGCCCGCCACCGCCCCCCGGCUCGGCGGAGGGGCCGCGGCCGCGGUCGCGGCCGGGCCGGGACUCCUCCUCCCGCCGCUCCCGCCUCCCGCCCGCGCUCUCUUAAGGCGCGGAGUUUCCGCGUCCUGUGACUGCAGUCAGGUGGUUGCGGGGCCUUUCCCCCUCCUUCCCUGCCCCCGGCGCUCCCCUGCCUUCCUUCCCUGCCGCGGCGGCGUGGGCCGGCGCAGCGGGAAGGCGGCCGAGGAAAGUUGGAGGAAAGUUGCCGGGCGAGGAAGUAGCGGCGAGGCAGCCGCGGCCCCGGCAGCGCGGCCUCCCUCGGGCGCCGCCGCGGCUGCCCGCUCCUGCCCGCCUGCCCCUGCCCCGCCGCCGGGGCGCAGCGCCGGGCCGCCUUCCGUGGCAGGGCCGCGCCGAGCCGCGGCGAGGAUGGCCGGGGGGCAGGGAGGGGGCUCCGGCGUGCCGGAGUGCCGGGAGCAUCUCUUCAAGGUGCUGGUGAUCGGGGAGCUGGGCGUGGGCAAGACCAGCAUUAUCAAGCGGUACGUGCACCAGCUCUUCUCGCAGCACUACCGGGCCACUAUCGGGGUGGAUUUCGCUCUCAAAGUCAUCAACUGGGACAGCAAGACCCUGGUGCGGCUGCAGCUCUGGGAUAUAGCAGGCCAGGAACGUUUUGGAAAUAUGACAAGAGUAUACUACAAAGAGGCAGUUGGUGCUUUUGUGGUCUUUGAUGUCACAAGAGGCUCCACUUUCGAGGCUGUUUCAAAAUGGAAGCAUGAUUUGGACAGUAAAGUGCUACUUCCCAAUGGCAGCCCUAUCCCUGCAGUUCUUCUUGCAAACAAGUGUGACCAGAAAAAGGAUGGCAGCCAGAAUCUCUCUCAAAUGGACCAAUUCUGCAGAGAAGGUGGCUUCGUUGGGUGGUUUGAAACCUCUGCCAAGGACAACAUCAACAUAGAUGAAGCUGCUCGAUUCUUGGUGGAAAACAUCCUUGCCAACUACAAAACCUUUCCUAAUGAAGAGAAUGAUGUGGGGAAACCAAAACUGGACCUAGACCCGUUGAAAGCAGAGAGUAAAUCUCAAUGCUGCUAAUGCUACCACUGUUCAGUGUAAAUGUGAUGGAAUGAGCAGCAAGACUGUUCCUUAAAUCACACUGCUGCUAUGGUGCUGCGUUGUGACAAUCCAUAUAGGGUGUGUGGUAAUCUCUGAAUAAGUGAUGCUUGUGGGUGUUUACAUAUUCUUGUUCAGCGUGAAACUGAGUAUCUUGUGAGUUAUCACUCCACUUUCUUGAGUGGCUGCAUCUAAGUCCGAUUAGUUUUACUUGAGAACAUAAGGUAGUGUUUACACUUUCCCAUAAAGGAAUAAAGACAACAUUUGGUAUCUAGUUUGCUUCUAGGACAUAUAGUACAUUCCAAAUAGGACUCACUCAGCAUGAUUUUAGCUGAAUAGGCACUCACACCUUUGCUGUAAACUCUUCCUUUGUCACCAGUGAUGUCUCACUCUAGCUUGACUUCUCACUUGCACUUGUCCCUAUUUGUUAGUCCCACCAUGAGGGUCUGUCUCAUUGCUAAUUCUCCUGGAUCAAGACGACAGAAGUCUUGAAAUGGGUAGAAAUAGCUGAUGACCAAUGACAGGAGAUAUCUUCCUGAGUGUGCUCACCAUGACUGAGUGAAGUAGAUGGUGGCUUUUGCCACUGCGUAAGAACAAGAAGAUGGGAAAAUGAUUGUAUUUGGCAGGGGGACAACAUGAUUACAAAGAUCAACAAAAAUACAUCUCCAGCCAUUAAGGCAAAUACUCUCAGCUAAUACUUGAGAAACACAUUAAUGAAUACAAUUGUAUAGCUGACACAAUUGUGAUAACAUCACCCGUAUGCACACCCAGAAAUAAACAUCCAGAAACUUUCAUGCACUAACACUGGAAACUGGCAAGAGCUGCAAAAUGUAAAUAUCAUUGCUGUCCUGUGAUAAUGAAUCAAAACCCCUUAAACUCUAACUUUUUCAAUUUUAGAACAGUGCUGCACUCUUCUGACUACUUGGAGCUGGUGAACUGGCUUACCGGUCUGUAACUCCGUAUACUGAGAUGCUUAAAUUUCCUUUUUGUAACUCUCAUGCAUUUCUGGCAGCAGAUGAAGAUCAAAAGGGAGCAGAGACUUGCUCUUACAGUUCUUGGAUAUGUUCUCAAACUCUGGCUCUGCUUGGCUGAGAGGCUUUGAAGUUCCCAUUUAUCUUAAGCCCUUAAGUCCUGGUACUUCAGUUGCUACUGAUUUCUCAAGUCUUAGCUUGCUUGGUCUGAUGGUAUUGAUGUUUACUUAAACAUAAGCAUGAGGUAUGUGCCAAAUUGAUACUUUAAUAUGUAUUGAGAAUUUCUUUUCUGUCUGUCCUCUGAAGAGUAAUGUACUUUUAAAGAGACAAAUAAAUAUAUUUGGGCAUCUUA